ACCGUAAGCCGUUUUAAGAACCACCGAGUAUCAAGUUGCUUCUACAUAGUACUCUUUAUAAGUUUCAAUACCUGAGCCUACAGCCCUGCAUUAUGGUCUCCUCAGUGAUCCCUGAAUCAAUAUCCAUUAUCGGCGCCAGCGUGGGCGGACUCACGCUUGGUAUCGUCCUCAAGAAAUAUGGCAUUCAACCAAGGAUCUUCGAAUCACGAGAGCCAGGCUACGAUUUCGGUGGUGCCGUCUCGCUUACUCCCAGCACUUUACGUAUCAUCGACUCCAUUGGUGCAUACUCUCGCAUCAAACCUCAAGGCUUCAGUUUCGAGGCCAUGACAUUCUUGACGGAUCCUGAGCGCGAGACUACUGGUAAAUUCUACUUUGGACACAAAGACGUGUACGGGUACGAUGGUCUGCGCAUCACGAGGAAGGCGUUGCUCCACGAAUUGACGGAAAUGGCAAACGAUGCUGGCGUCGAAAUCAACUAUGGAAAAAAGUUUACCAAGAUUGUCAAUGAAACGACCGAUGGUGUCAUAUUCGAAUUCGCAGAUGGGAGUCAGGAGAAAGCUCAAAUGUUAAUUGGCUCCGACGGCAUCCAUUCGAAAGUCAGAUCAUGUAUCUUCCCAGACAUCCAUCCACAUUACUCUGGGUUUAUAGGCCUGACGUACUGCUUCCCCCGCGAUAAUGUACGCAUCGAUGAGGGUUUCCCACUCCCAGUAUCUUUGCGUGGGAGCCAAGGUGAUGGCGCUAUCAUGCUACAACCUCAAACAGAAGGUGGAAAAGAGAUUUUUGUAGGACGGCAGUUCAAGUUCGAAGAAAAAGAUCGCUCAGGAUGGGACAGUCUCUUGCAGGAAAAAAAAACUUUGAUUGCAACCCUUCAGCGAGAUUCUGCCGCAUGGACACCACUUAUCCAGAACGUGCUAGCACAAGCGAGCACUCCAGAGGCACAUUUUCUGAACGUCUGGCCAUUUUAUACUGUUCCAAAAAUGGAGAGAUGGCAUUCGUCAGCUGGAAAAGUGCUUAUUAUUGGAGAUGCAGCACAUGCUAUACCACCUUCAGCAGGACAAGGCGCAAACCAAGCCUUUGAAGAUGGUUACAGCCUCGCAAUAUUCCUAGCAAGUCUAAAGAAUGUCCGCGUAAGCUUGUUGGAUGCGUUGAAGACUUGGGAAGCCUAUAGGAUGAAGAGAGUUGAUGAUGUAUUGAAAAUAACUAAUCGACUUCUCACAAUAAGGAUGACAGAGGAGGAACUGGCGAGUGUUCCAAAGCACAUGCAGUGGGAACUCGAUGGCAGUGAAGCGGGCAAGUCGCAGCUAGGGUGGCUAUACCUUGCAGAUAUCGAUCGCGAUAUCAAGAGUCUAGUAGAAAGUCUGCAUAUGUAAUAGUGACCGGGCAAUGUAUAGGUUAUCAUAACAGACAGGGUCAUUCGGAAACAUAGGUAUCCAUG